UGGAGAGCUACUGUGGCAGCUGGUUUUCGUUUCAACCAAUCUCAUUUACUUAAUUGAACCAAUUAUUGGCCAGUCAAGAUUAGUCGAGAUUAAGUGUUCUAUAUCUUUAGCCAGGCUAGGGCUCUACAGCACCAGGGUUGGGGACCCCCUGCUUUAAUAUGAGUUGCGCUUGUUUUGAAAGGUAGUGCCGAUUUGGCAACACUGAUCUUUCGACCCUACAGCGCUCGCUAGGCACAUAUUUUUCAAUGUACUAAGUCUAAAGGCCGACUCGCACAGAAUUACAUUGCAUAACUACCUUCAAACAAUGUGCUGGGGAUGCUGUGUUGUACAUUACUACAGGGGAAGGAAUUAAACAUCUAGAAGCCACGGUACAUGAACUGGGGUAGACGAGGUACUUUUUGGGGUAUGAUUGUGGUCUGACGAUAGUUUAAAAAGUUAUCCAGUAACUUUUCUAAAGAAUAACAACCAAACAAAACAAGCAAAAACCUGAUGAACUAGAAUCAGAUUGCUCCGCCUUCAUGAAGACGACCUGUUAAUCAUUUGCUUUUAGGUGUGUAUCGGCGUUGUUCAGAGGUUACUGUUGCGAUACACAGCUGAAAUUUCAAGUUUUAUAGAAUUACGUGUUUUACAUAUGGAAGUUUAAAAUAUCAACCAACGCAACAAUACACAUGCAUAUCCUAUUUACACUUUUAGCAAGCGUGGCCAUUUUGCCUCUGCUUCUCUGUUCAUUUUUUCCAUAUUUUGUGCAAGAUGUGUUGUACAUUGUAAAAUGCAUUGGACGUGGAAUUCGGAUUCGGGGGUAUGCAAAGAAAAAGCCGUGCUAUUCGACUUUAGAAAAGUUUUUGGAAGUGGUGCAGAAGCAGCCGGACAAACCUUUUAUCGUGUUUGAGAAUAAAACCUAUUCUUACCUGGACGCGGAUAAACAAAGCAGUAAAUUUGCCAGAGCGUUACAGAAGCACGCUGGCUUGAAAGAAGGAGACACGGUUGCGCUGUUUUUAGGGAAUGAACCUGCUUUCAUUUGGACCUGGCUUGGUCUGGCUAAAUUAGGAUGUGCUGCUGCAUUUCUGAAUUACAACAUCAGAUCAAAAUCAUUGCUACAUUGCUUCUUCUGCUGCGGGGCUCAUGUGCUAAUAGCAGCACCAGAGCUGAAAGGCGCUGUUGAAGACGUGCUUCCUUCACUCCAAGAGCAGAAAGUGUCUGUUUUUAUCCUGAGUGAAGAGUCCACCACACCAGGGAUUGAAAGCCUUAAUGACAAGAUUCAUCAGGCUUCUGACCAGCCACUACCACAGUCUCUGAGGUCCAAUGUUACCAUGAAAAGUAUUGCAGUAUAUAUCUACACCUCUGGCACCACAGGACUCCCAAAGGCUGCAGUGAUCACUCAAGAGAGGCUAUGGGCAGGAGCUUCAGUCUUCAGGGUGAAUGCUGUUCUCUCACAGGAUGUGGUCUACAUUAAUCUGCCCCUCUACCACAGCGCUGGCUUCAUGCUUGGAUUAAUGGGCUCAAUAGAUAUGGGUACAACCGUUGUUUUAAGGCGCAAGUUUUCAGCCUCUCAGUUUUGGGAUGACUGUCGGAAGCACAAUGUAACGGUUAUACAGUACAUUGGAGAGGUGCUGCGCUAUCUCUGCAACGUUCCAAAGCAAGACAGUGAUCGGGAUCACAAGGUUCGGAUUGCUAUAGGUAACGGUGUCAGAGUAGAGGUUUGGAAAGAGUUUUUGAAUCGCUUUGGAGAUAUCCAAAUCCAUGAAUUUUAUGCCGCAACUGAGGGGAACGUGGGGUUCCUCAACUACGUAGGAAAAAUUGGCGCUGUCGGACGUGCUAAUUAUUUUUACAAGAAACUCUUCCCCUUCGUGCUGAUUCAAUAUGACACUGAGAGAGAAGAGCCUGUUCGGGACUCCCGAGGUCUGUGUAUCCCGGCUCCUAAAGGCGAGACAGGCCUUCUGGUAACAAAGAUCACCAAAAUGUCUCCUUUCGUCGGAUACGCAAGAAACCAGCAGCAAACUGAUAAGAAGAAGCUGAGAGACGUCUUCGAGAAAGGAGACCUCUACUUCAACAGCGGGGACCUCCUGAUGGUGGACCAGGACAACUUUGUGUACUUCAAAGACAGGAUUGGAGACACAUUCAGGUGGAAAGGGGAGAACGUGGCCACCACAGAAGUUGCUGAUAUUCUAAACAUGAUUGAUUGCAUUGAAGAAGCUAAUGUGUUUGGUGUUAAAGUACCAGAUCACGAAGGGCGAAUAGGAAUGGCUGCUGUGAAGCUAGAGGAGGCUAAACAACUUGAGUGUGACAAGGUCUACAGCCAUGUUGUCAGCUAUCUGCCCAGUUAUGCAAGACCACGCUUUCUUAGAAUUCAGAAUUCUUUGGAGGUCACUGGAACAUUCAAACAGAUGAAAGUCAAAUUAGCAGAAGAGGGUUUCGACCCAGCUGUAGUCCAGGAUCCACUCUACUUUCUGGAUGAAAAUGAAAAGACAUAUGUACCGAUGACCCAGGAAAUCUACAAUUCCAUAAUUUCAAAACACGUCAAACUAUAAAAAUGACCACUUCCAGGAAUGCAUAGCUCAUUUUACAAAUUCAAAUGUGCAUAUCUAGUUACUCUUAAAAACAUUUUUAAAAAAUUUUAAAAAAAUAAACAAACAAAUUCACCUCAGGGAAAUAAAGGGUUUGCAUUUUCUUAGCAAUAAAAAGUAUCAUCGUAUCAUGUUGACAUUGGUUUGGUUGAUAUAUAUGCAUUAUUUUUAUGUCAACUCUACACAGUAUUUCUCACUCCCCCAUUUUCAACAUGUCUAUAUGCUUCACAAGCAAUGCUUCAGUAUCAAUGUUCCGCAUCUUCGAUUUAAUUUUAGACAAUCUAUUUCCUCACCAAAAAAAAACACCCUUCGCAAUUUCCUACCUGCACCACAGCAAUCGAAAUAUGGAUUAAGUGGGGGUUUUUUUUGGGGGGGGGGGUUAGGUUCAAGUUUCAUACCGGUAGUUAAUUCCGUCUAUCUUAUCGAAUGCGCUGUUACAAUUCUUGUACUGCUAGAAAGUGAAAUUCUGAAUGGUAUAAUGCAGCAUUUCCAGUUUAAGGGUGUAUUUUGUCUCGGUUGGAGUGUGAUGUUGAGCAGUACAGAGGAAAUCAAUAUGGUGAUAAGCAAAUGUUAGAAAGGUUUGGAAACCUUUGUUUGUCGUGUGUUGAUGAGAAGGUGUAGGAAUGUACUGGCAGUAUAUUUCCUUGGUUAGGAGCCAGUUGAGAAUACAAUAUACUGUGUUUUUAUGUAUUGCUAGUCAUUUAUUGGACAUUCUGUUGGUUUUACCAAGUUGCAGAUUUUUUUUUUAAUGUUUUUUAAAAAAAAAAGGAAAAUAAAAUACAGUCAACGUAUAUAACUUAUGACUAACAGCAAGUUUAACUUC